GCGCUCGACUCGGGCGUGGAUGUUCGCUGGAGCUCAGCUCUGCUUUGCUUCGUCGCCGCCCGGGCUCCUUGGCUGCCUUCCUUGGCGCAGGCGAACAGCCGAUAUCCUCUUCGAGGCGCACCUGGGCGCCGCUGCCUCGACAGGAGCUGAAGUUUGCGCGCCAACAACUGGGCAGGGAUGGAAACCGUCGACCAGGUCGCCUCCAAGGGGAGUUUCCGGGCGGUGAAGGAGCCCCUGGCUUUCCUGAGGGUGCUGGAGUGGCUUUUUGCAAUCUUUGCAUUUGCAACAUGUGGUGGCUAUUCUGGAGGACUACGGCUCAGCGUGGACUGUGCAAACAAGACACAGAGCAACCUCAGCAUUGACAUAGCCUUUGCCUAUCCGUUCAGGUUGUACCAGGUGAAUUUUGAUGUUCCCACCUGUGAAGGCAAACGAGAAAAACUCUCAUUAAUAGGCGACUUUUCUUCUUCCGCUGAAUUCUUUGUCACUAUUGCAGUCUUCGCCUUCCUCUACUCCUUGGCAGCCACAGUGGUUUACAUUUUCUUCCAGAACAAAUACCGUGAAAACAACAGGGGCCCUUUGAUUGACUUCAUCGUGACAGUGGUGUUUUCGUUCUUGUGGCUGGUGGGGUCUUCUGCUUGGGCUAAAGGAUUAUCUGAUGUGAAGGUUGCUACUGACCCAGAUGAAGUGCUCUUAUUGAUGUCAGCUUGCAAGCAGCAGUCCAAUAAGUGCUUGCCGAUGCGGAGCCCUAUUAUGUCAAGUUUGAAUACUUCAGUUGUCUUUGGAUUCUUGAACUUUAUUCUGUGGGCAGGAAAUAUUUGGUUUGUCUUUAAGGAGACUGGUUGGCAUUCUUCAGGCACAAGGUACCCUCAAGACACCAUGGAGAAACAAUCCAGCAGCUAUAACCAAGGUGGCUACAAUCAAGAUAGCUAUGGGCCAAGUGGUGGGUAUAACCAACAGGGAGGCAGCUUUGGGCAGCAAACCAACUAUGGGCAAGUGGAUGAAUUCGGCCAGCAGCAACCGAGUGGUCCAACUUCAUUUGCUAAUCAGAUUUAGCAUAUGCAGAUUUCUGAGAGCUCUUAAGUCGAGCAUUAUAUAUGGAAAGUUCAACACAGUGGCAGGCAGCAGAUUUCUGAAGUUUUUAGAUAAAUGUGACAUAGAAGUUUAUCUAAAUUAAAGGUCUACCGUACCAACCAAGAAAGAUGGGUUGAGGCUCUUGUUUGUUUAUAUGCGAUACAUCUUCUCCUUGUGAAUAGAUGAUUGAUGAUAUAUUCAUCACAAGUGGUGAAUUGGAGUAAAUAAUUGUUGUACGUACUGUAUAGAUACCUUUACAGUAGUUUUGUAUGUGUAUGGUAGCAGCAUUUUGUACCCUUGAAACUGUAGUAUAUCUUAUGCAUAAAACCAUUAAAUUAGAAUUAGAUUUUCUUCUGCAUUUUGGUGAAGAGCAAAAUGUGUUUUCAAAUGAUUUCUGAAGGUUACUCUAUAUAAUGCAAUGCAUGCACUACAGCUCCUAUGUUUUCAACAUUGCCUGUCUAUGACUGUUAAGUUUGUCCUUUGGACCAUUUCUCUCUUUUUUCCUUUUCUUCUUUUUCUUUGCUGUUCUUUUGACAUUCUUCCUGAUUAGCAAAUUCACAGUGUGUCUUAGUGCAUGAAGCCACAUAAUUUUCAUACCAAGAGAAUGUUAUGGACUGUGUACAUGUCGUUUAUAGAUACCACCACUACUCUUUUUAAUUGGUUUACUUGUUUAAUAUAUGUAUGCCUGUUUUAUAUAUUUUGCAGAACUGGAUCAAUGGCUUACCCAAAUCCUGAGUGCUGCAUAUAACUAAAAACAGUUUUCCUUAAAAGGGCAUUCAAAAUAUAUGCUGUAAACUGACCAAUUUUUCUGUUUAAUCAAUGUUCCUUCUAUCAAUCCAUAUUUCUAUUGACGUUUUGUGACUCUUUGAACGUGAGAUGUGUAAUAUAAGGACCAAGUAACUGUGUUUACAUGUUUACAAAAGUAUUUAUUUAAUUAGGGUAAUAGAGGUGCAGAUAUCAGUAAUUAAAACUAUAUGGG